AUGGGUCAGUCGCAUUCCAAGAACAACUCUGGCUCGGGCGACUCUUUGCAGUCGUACCCUUCCUUUUCCCGCUCCGACACCAAGGAGUCUCUCCGCUCCCUUCGCGGCUCCAUCCGGUCGAAGAUCCGGAGCAGUGACAGCCCUCGGGCGUCCACCACAGGUCUGUCCCAGGUCGAUAGUCAGACUGAUAAGUCUGAUGCGGGGUCGGUGAGAUCCACUGGCACUGCGAGUCGACCCGGGUCAUCUCUUAAUAGCCCUGGCCCUGAUGGUGACUCUCGUCCCGCUUCUCCCCAGCCCCCGCCAUCUCCAUCCCUGUCGACUAGUCUGAAGCGAGGUCACCAAGAUGUGGAUGCUAUGCAGCAGAGUGGCGAAGUCGACCAUGUGUCCGAUGUCCCUCCUAGCGGGGAGGCCCCUUCAGCGACUCCCGGAAAAGUUGGCGAGUCUAUUCUCAUCAAGCGGGAAAACCAACUCAAUCCUAUCCUGGACUUCAUCUUGAACGCUCCGCUGGAGACAAACGGAUCUCCGGGAAUGGGCAUGGGUGCUCUGAAAUCGAUCGAUCUCGAUGACAUGAUUUCUCGCUUGCUCGAUGCCGGUUACUCUACCAAAGUCACUAAGACGGUGUGUUUGAAGAAUGCAGAGAUCAUGGCAAUCUGUACCGCUGCUCGAGAGCUUUUCCUGAACCAGCCCGCCCUCUUGGAGUUGGCAGCACCUGUCAAGAUUGUCGGAGAUGUUCACGGUCAAUACACAGACCUGAUCAGACUGUUCGAGAUGUGCGGGUUCCCUCCCACGUCCAAUUACCUCUUCCUCGGUGACUACGUCGACCGUGGGAAGCAAAGCUUGGAGACGAUUCUCCUGCUGUUGUGUUAUAAGCUCAAAUACCCCGAGAACUUCUUCCUCUUGCGAGGCAACCAUGAAUGUGCCAAUGUCACUCGGGUGUAUGGGUUCUAUGAUGAAUGUAAACGACGUUGCAACAUCAAAAUCUGGAAGACUUUCAUUGAUACCUUUAACUGUCUCCCGAUUGCUUCUAUUGUCGCUGGCAAGAUCUUCUGUGUUCACGGUGGACUCUCGCCCAGCCUCUCACACAUGGAUGAUAUUCGAGGCAUCGCGCGUCCCACCGACGUGCCCGAUUAUGGCUUGCUGAACGAUCUUCUUUGGAGUGAUCCCGCCGAUAUGGAGGAAGAUUGGGAGCCUAAUGAACGUGGUGUUAGUUAUUGCUUUGGCAAGAAAGUAAUCAUGGAUUUCUUGCAACGCCACGAUUUUGACUUGGUUUGUCGAGCUCACAUGGUUGUCGAGGACGGCUAUGAGUUCUAUCAAGACCGCAUUUUAGUCACGGUUUUUUCUGCUCCCAACUACUGUGGCGAAUUUGAUAAUUGGGGUGCUAUCAUGUCUGUUUCGGACGAGCUGCUUUGCAGUUUUGAGCUACUAAAGCCAUUGGAUUCGACCGCCUUGAAGAACCAUAUUAAGAAGGGUCGGAACAAGCGGAACAGUUUGCUCAACAGUCCUCCUGCAAUGGUAUCGGCGCAAAGCUAUUAG